AACAAACGUCACCUUCCCUUUGGUGAGCAAGGUGUGUUCACGUGAGGUUGUGUGGUCCCUCCGAAAUAGGUCACACAAUCCUCAGAAUUUCGUGAAAUAUUCUUGUAAAAUAAAAAAAAAAACACAAAAAUAAGAAAAAUACAAAAAAAUAGAAAAAUAAUAAAAUAACAUAAACGGGAAUCACUCGCUUAUUAGUUAGUGUACGUAAGCGUGCAACGUGGUCUAAGGAAUUCGAUAGGUAAUAAAGAGAAAGUGAAGUAGUAUUUCGCGUGCUUCUAAUUAAUGAUUUAUUUUAUACUGUGUCAAUAAACUAUCAAAAAUGAAUCCUGGACCACCAAACUAUCCAAUGGCAUCUCUUUAUGUCGGAGAUUUGCACUCUGAUAUAACUGAAGCCAUGUUGUUCGAGAAAUUCUCAACAGCGGGCCCUGUACUAUCAAUUAGAGUAUGCCGUGAUAUGAUAACACGUAGAUCACUUGGAUACGCUUAUGUGAACUUCCAACAGCCUGCUGAUGCUGAGAGGGCAUUGGAUACCAUGAAUUUUGACAUUAUAAAAGGCAGACCGAUAAGAAUUAUGUGGUCUCAGCGUGAUCCAUCGCUUCGAAAGUCUGGAGUUGGAAAUGUUUUUAUUAAAAACCUUGACAAAACAAUUGACAACAAAGCAAUGUAUGAUACAUUUUCUGCUUUCGGCAAUAUUCUGAGCUGUAAGGUUGCCCAAGACGAAAAUGGAGCCUCAAAAGGUUAUGGUUUUGUCCACUUCGAGACUGAAGAAGCAGCUAAUAAGUCUAUUGACAAAGUUAAUGGUAUGUUACUGAAUGGUAAAAAGGUCUAUGUAGGAAGGUUCAUUCCCCGUAAAGAACGUGAAAAGGAAUUAGGAGAAAAGGCAAAACUUUUCACCAAUGUGUAUGUCAAAAAUUUUGGUGAAGAUUUCUCUGAUGAGAUGCUUAAAGAAAUGUUUGAGAAAUAUGGACGUAUAACAAGUCAUAAAGUUAUGUACAAGGAUGAUGGCGCCUCUAGAGGAUUCGGUUUUGUUGCAUUUGAAGAUCCUGAUGCUGCUGAAAGAGCUUGUAUAGAACUUAAUGGCAAAGAAUUGGUGGAAGGGAAACCUUUAUAUGUAGGACGUGCUCAAAAAAAAGCAGAACGUCAAAAAGAGCUUAAGCGUAAAUUUGAGCAACUGAAGUCUGAACGUUUGACUCGCUAUCAAGGCGUUAACUUGUAUGUGAAGAAUUUGGAUGACACAAUUGACGACGAAAAACUGCGUAAAGAAUUUGCUCCAUUUGGCACUAUAACUUCUGCUAAGGUGAUGCUUGAAGAUGGCCGCAGCAAAGGAUUUGGAUUUGUUUGCUUUUCAUCUCCUGAAGAAGCCACUAAAGCAGUAACUGAGAUGAAUGGCAGAAUCGUUGGUACUAAGCCGUUAUAUGUUGCACUUGCACAACGUAAGGAAGAUAGAAAAGCACAUCUGACAUCCCAAUAUAUGCAACGUAUGGCAAGUAUGAGGAUGCAACAAAUGGGUCAGAUAUUCCAACCUGGUGGUGCUGGUGGGUACUUCGUACCUACAAUACCACCAGCUCAAAGAUUCUAUGGACCAGCUCAAAUGACCCAAAUACGUCCAACACCACGCUGGACGGCACAGCCACCAGUUAGGCCUAGCAAUCAAACAGCAGCGUCUGCUUAUCCCAACAUGCAAGCACCAUUCCGUCCAGCUCCAAGGGGACCUACUCAAACAGCUCUGCGUACGUCUCUUGGAGCUAGGCCAAUCACAGGUCAACAAGGCGUUGCUACGGCUGGCUCAAUUCGUGCUCCACUGGUGCCUAGUGGUCGUCCAGCUGGCUAUAAAUAUACUUCAAACAUGCGCAAUCCACCAGCACCACAACCAGCAGUUCACAUUCAAGGACAGGAGCCCCUCACUGCUAGUAUGUUAGCGGCGGCUCCCUUACAGGAACAGAAACAGAUGUUAGGUGAACGUCUCUUCCCACUCAUCCAGAGAAUGCAUCCAGAACUCGCAGGAAAAAUAACUGGUAUGCUUCUAGAGAUUGACAACUCUGAGCUGCUUCACAUGUUGGAGCAUGGAGAGUCUUUGAAGGCUAAGGUAGAUGAAGCUGUUGCUGUUUUGCAAGCUCACCAAGCUAAACAGCAGGCUACUAAGAAAGAUUAAUUGGCUUUCUAUUUUUUUCGCAUUUCUUCUUGUUUAUUUUAAUAUUUUAACCAUUUUUAUAUGUAUUAGUAAGAGUCCCGGUCAUAAAAAAAUAAAAAAUAAAAAUUGAAAAAUAAAAAAGUAGAAUGCACAUUUUCUUGAACAACUUUUUAAUACAAUAAGUAAAUCAAUAAUUAUUAUUAUUGAUCGAUGUGCAUAUCUGCAAACAAAAAUAUGCAACUCAACAUUUCUAUAUAUAAAAAUGUUAUUACCACUGGGCACUUAUGACUUUCAUAUUGACAAAGUAUGAUAUAGUUAAGUCUUUAAUCUUUUCAUUUCUCCAAGUCUGGAGUAGGGUUUUGUUCUUAUUUUUUUCAUUUCUUUCUUCUUCCAGUUAUCAUUGAAUGUACACUGUAUUGAAAACAUUGUCCUCGAUGUAACUGGACUCAAUUUGUAAUGAACUUAUUACAAAUUAUAUUCUAUCCAAUAAA